AGUUCAGGGACAAUCUUCCUCACCAAAAAGAAGAAAAAGAAAAAUGCAGAUUCCUGGGCUCCAGACCUAUUGAUUACAUUUGGUGGGAUAAGAGAGAUGCAGAAAUGGUCAGGAGUCUAUUUUCACACUCAAGUUUGCAAACCAGUGUUCCUGGCAGGAUACAGGAAAUUUUAUUAUUUUACCUGUCCACAGCCUUAAUUAGCAGUAAUUUACUUCCAACUGGGGCCUCUGCAUAGCCUGUCUGAACUUGAAUAGCACUUCUAGCCUUUGUGCCACAGGCACACCAGUGGCCAUCCUUACUGAUGUGGAUUCAUCACUUCUGAAACCUCAGCAGCCAUCCCUGUGGGAAAACAUACACAGCCGUGAUUUUUCAGCUUUCAUUAUAGUACAUCCAAGACUAUGUAAAACAAAAAAGUCCCAGAUGGUGUCUAAGCCUCCAAGGAGUUCACGAUCUAAUGGGAAAGCCAACGAGACUAGAGAACAAGAUAGAAGGGGCAUAAAUCAGAUGGUAAAUUGUGACUUCGGUAGCAGGAUACACAGAAGGAUUCAAAGGGGAAGGAAGUCUCCAGUGGGUAGCUGCCCAGAAGGGCUGGGUUGGUGCUCUAACUUGAAAGAUGAGUAGGAUCUUCUCAGCUGGCUGUGAAGUCCAAGAGCUGCCCUGGGCAGAGGGAACAGUAAGAGUGAGCAUAAGGUGAGAAGCUGCAGCUGAGCCCGAGACGCCGAGGCUGGUUGAGGGGCACGGCUCCUGCUCUGCCGUCAACCCCAAGGACCUGGCCUUGCUGCUUUGUGCCUGAAGUGCGUCCCAGAGCAGAAUGGCCUACGUCAGUCCUGAGUAUCCAGAGACUUGGUUGUGGGGAGAAUGGGGAUGGAGAGGAGAGCUCCUGCUACUUCAGCCGAGGGAGGGCCUGGGGAUGUUGUUAAGAACUCCCGUUAAAGUCAGGUGGGGUCUCCAGCGUAGUGUUCCUGAGGUGCUAAGGGAUGGGAGGGCUUCAGAACCUGAGAAAUGUAAUAGGCUAGUCAGCCUGUCCAAAAAAAAGCCAAUCUCAAAAAUUUUAAGAAUGCCUAAAAAGCCCACAAAAGAUGUAUUUCCACAAAUGCCUAAAAUUAGCGGUGCCUUAUUUUGGGUUAAGGAUUGCCCUCUGGGUUCUCUUAAACCCAGCACGUUAAGAUGUGGCUGAUGUUGAGAACUGGGUGAAGAGGUGAGUUGAGGGAGGCGAUUGCUCAGGCUCUCUUUCCUCCUCUGACAGGUGGUGCUUGUCUUCAGUCCUCUUCCCGGGUCUUCCUGACUGGGAAACGCCUCUUUCCCCCAGCCUGUGCUUUUCAUUUUGCUCCAGGUUUCUUUAAUCAGCGUUCAAGAACCUGAAAUACUCGCUCACAUAUAGGUGCAAAGUGGACAGGACUAACUUGCUCCAUUUAACAGCCACAUUUUUCUUCCCUUCCCUUAGCUGCUAACUUCCACAGGACCCCGCUAUCAUCUGCUUUUAUGGAGAGCAUCCAGUGUUUCUCUCCCGACUUCCUCCAGUCGUCCCAAACCCCUCCCUGUCAGACCCUCCCAGCUGUGCUCUCCUGCUGCCUACACUCUUGGCUCAGCGCUCUGCUCCAUCUUCUGCCUUCAGUCCAUCCUCACUCUACUCUCCACCCAUUGAUUCCUCUCUGCUUUUCACACCAUUUAUCUUUCUCCCUUUCUUCCCAAUUAAAUUUCCCUCCCUUCUCCCCAGUUAAAUUGUAGCCAUCCUACAAGACCAGCUUCAAGUCUAUCCCAUGAAGCCUCCCCUGGCUACUGCAGCCCUCGCUCAUUUUUCUUUUCUGGACUCUGUCCCUACCACACACUUUAGCCCUUUUACUCCACCCUAAUUGUUUGAUGUGAACCAGUCUUGUCUUCAGCUGUACUGUAGGGCUGUAUGGGGGGGAGCGUGCCUUGUGUUCCUUCUGACGCUCCCCAGCACUUUGAGCCGUGCCGAGCACAGUGGGUGCUGAGUGAUUGCAUGGCAUGGUUUGGUGGCGUGUGAACUCUAACAAGUGUGUAAUACACUGGGAGAUGAUCCAGUGAAGGAGGGGGCUGAUGAAGGGUUUCUUAUUCAGAGACAGAAAAUCCCAAUGGGGAGAGGAGGGAGCAAUUAGUCUCUUUCAAGAUUAACCCGGAGCAUGUUCUGGAUAGAGCUGGGCCAAGCCCCACCCCUCCAUCCCAGGUGCUGGCUCCCAGGCCCACCUGGUGGGCAGCUGACUUCAUAAAAGUAGCCCCCAAGGAGCAGAAAGUGGCUGUUACAAGGAGCAGGAGGAUGAGUACUGAGCAUGGACAACAGCAUCAGUCUGGGGGCCGAAGGGGCUGUAGUUCUGGGGACAAGAAGUCCAAAAAGCGUAGCCGGCGCAAAGAAACCUACUCAAUGUAUAUCUACAAGGUGCUGAAGCAGGUGCACCCCGAUAUCGGCAUCUCUUCCAAGGCCAUGAGCAUCAUGAACUCAUUUGUGAAUGAUGUGUUUGAGCGGCUGGCCGGCGAGGCUGCCCAGUUGGCCCAGUACUCGGGCCGAACCACACUGACAUCCCGGGAAGUCCAGACAGCCGUGCGUCUGCUGCUGCCUGGGGAGCUGGCCAAGCAUGCUGUGUCUGAAGGCACCAAGGCUGUCACCAAGUACACCAGCUCCAAGUGACCCGGGGCCUAACAAUAAAGCGUGAACUGCUCCCAUGCACUGUGGUGAUUUCGAAAAGGGACAUGCGGAGGCAAGGCGCGAUGUGGGGCAAGGGUGUCAUCACCUUUUAUGGCUACCAAGGUGGAAUAAUAACUUGUUUAUACUUUUUAAAAACUACUUUCUGGGUGUACCCCAUGAGGGACAUUGAUAGCGCUUUGUAAACAUACAGAUAUCUAAUUGGUAGUGAGCUGAAGUAGGACUUGGGAUCUGGGUUAGAAUCCUGGACCUGUUGCCAGCUGUUUCCAUCACUGCCUCUCUGUGCUGGAAAUUCCUCAUGUGUGUUACUCUUUCAGCUCAUGGUUUUGUGAUGCCAUUUCUGGCAAACUAUCAUUUCUGUCCUGUGCUGGGCACAGGGACUACACAGAUGUAUUCUUCAAGAUAUAAAACAGAAGGCCCAAACCAGCUUCUAAAUAACCUGCAGGGCUCCAGGAGAUGUUUUUGUUUUCCCCUGACAUUCUCUUCCCCUUAAUUUCAGAACCAACUUGUGGGAAUGUUUUUGACACUCCUAACUUUUCUUCCCCAAUUUUAUUUUGAAAAAUCUCAAAACCCACAGAAAAAUUGCAAGAAAGUACAAUGACCACUUGCAUAUCUCUCACUUAAUUCACCACUUAACAUUCAGCCUCAUUGGCUUUUUCUCUCUCAUUAGGCCUUUUCUCUGUCUUGUGGGCAUAUGAGCCAUAAAUUCUCUCCCAUGCUCCAAGGGGGUGAGGUGAGGGGAUAAGAUUUAGUGACCAAGUUCAGAAUCCUUUAUGGUCCCUUCUUAACUGGAUAGCCUCAGCUUGUUGCCUUCAACUUCAUGUGCUGCACAGGCUGUGAUAACGGCUCACGCUGAGUUGCAGUCCCACAUUCCUCCUGUGCAUUUUCUCACACGUCAAGCCGAAGGUGAAGAUACUAUGAGCUGAGAACUAAUUAUCCAUGUUUUGGUCCCACAACUAGAAGGAGAUCUGGCCCCUGAGCCUCGACUCUUCCCCACUCCCACUAUGUUUCAUACUUGCUACUCAAGUUGUGACUUGGAGACCAGGCGCAUCUACAUGCCUGAGAGCUUGUUAGAAAUGCAGAGUCUUGGGCCCCACCUCAGAUUGUGGGAUCAGAAUCUGCAUCUUGACGAGGUAAAUCACGCGCCCACUAAGAUCCGAGAACUCCUCAUCCCUCACUCCACUUUGCAGCUGCCCCCUUCUCCCCCUUUUCCUUUGCCCUGUGCCUUAUAUAUUUAUUUACUCAUAAGUCCUGAGUUAACACUGAGCCAUAAAGGUUACCCUCAGCUGACCAGAGUCCGGAUAUAAUGUUCUAUAUUUUUUAAAGAAUGGUCUCCUGAGCCUGUAGCAGUGAUUGGGAAACCCACAGAUGGCUCGGAAUGAGCCCUAGUCACCACUGAGUCUGACUGCUACACUUUCUCAUGUCAUUCCCACACGGUAUAGUUCGCACAAACUAUGUGAAUCACCAUCAGGCCCAGGGAUUCAGGUCUGCUUGUGCUUACU